AUAUGUGACAUGAUAUAAAUCCAAACAUAGCAACGGUUUGAAUCUGAUUGUUUCGGAGUAAAACUCAAUUUAGUGUUUACUUAUUUGAACUUAUCUUUAUAACACAGUACAAUACACGUAUUAUGGCUUCUAUUUCGUACGACAGAGACCCGUCCAUUUUCUGUAAUGAGUGAUACUGACGACACGGACGUACUUUUAUUGAUACCACCGAAUUUCUUCCUCGUUGAGAGUUCAGAAUCCGAAGAUUCCCUCCUGAAAUCUUCUAGAACGGUCGUACAUAAACCUUUAUCGUGUACAGCACAAGUUCUCGACAAAUUAGUUACACAAGUUCACACUUUGGAAUCACGGUUAGAAAACUUGGAAAUUAGCAGUGAUAUUUCUACAAUUGAGUCUCGUUCAAAACGAAACACAACCUGGAUAAGUACAGACAGCUUUGAUAGUCGUAGCUUAAACAGAAAUUGCUUCACUUUCCCACGUCGGCGGCGACGAAAAGUACCUAAACGCGGUAGGCAAAGAGAGCGAUCUUUAACUAGUUUGGACUCAAUUAAUAGCGCAGGAAGAAACGUGCCACCUUUAAAAUUAACGACAGAAUCUACUCCUGAUGUCAAAUAUCUCGACAUCCACGAAAUUCAAAGCAUGGAUGGGGAUAUCAGUAGUAUUGUAUCAACUCCUAGUAAAACCAAUGAUAAACUAUUACUCAAUGAAAUUGAUGAGUUUUUAACAAAAGUAGAAUCAUAUGAAAGUCCCGAGUCCAAAUACAAGAGUCAUGAAAUGACUUUGUGCACUGAAAAUGUGAUAAAAGCUACAAGUGAUUACCUUUCACAAAAACUAGAUUCAAAUGAAGAAAUCAAACUGCCCAGCGGACGCGUGGUCUCCAGUAGUGUUUUAGAUAAAUAUAUUUAUUUGGUUAAAAACAACUUGCCAACUAAUUCUGAACAGUCACCUUCAAGUUCAAAAAACACAGUCAAAAGCUACGAGAACUCCAACACUACUAAUGAAGUAUCAAAUACUGUCCAGACAAAGUCACCUAGUGCACGGAAAUUAAAUUUCGACAAAGAGUUUCAGCCUACAUCAACACCAAACAAGCAGCAAACGACAUACAAUAGUUUUCAGCCUUCCUCAAAUAAAAUAUAUGACAGAGCAUCAAGAGUCUUAGAACAAUAUAAGGCAAGUUACAGUAAAAAUAAACCAGGUGCUACAGAUAGCUACUCCGCAUCUUCAAACCAGGAGCUCAAAUUACCCGAAAUGAGACCUUUUGGAGAAAACAGAGAAAGCUUAAAGUUCAUACAGAAUAAAUAUAUUGAUACCAUCGACUCAGAUUUGUUGAGUUUGAGUGAGUUGUGGGGUGAUAAGGCAGAAAGGACUACAGGGUACAACAGGGGUGAUAAAGUGGACAUUAUAAAGCUGGAAGAAGAAAGACUAAAAAGGGAGCACUGUGAAGCAAUGAUUCAGCAGUUACAGAAGAAACUACUCGAUCAGCAGGAAAAAUUAGCAGUGGCCAUGAAAGUGGAUCGUGCAAAAGAUGCUGCUAUAUCUAAAUUACGUGAGGCCUGGCUCCGACUAACCAACAGCCUUGACAGAGCUGAGGACAGACACCGGAAAGCGUUAGAAAAGAUGAUCUGUGAAGUAGAAAAUUUUAGAGUUGUUGCUGAUGAUGCUCAAAAGAAAACAUCACAUUUUGAAUCAGAGUUAUACAAAACAUUGGACUUAGCACAUGACUAUCAAGAUAAAUGUAAACAGCUCCAAAACGAAAAGAAGUCUCUAGAAGAACAACUCAACACUGAGCUAGAUAACGUGAAUGUCAUGCUCAGCAAUAAGGAUAAAGAAAUUGACGUCUUGAAGGAGAAUUAUGAUACUGUCAUGAGACUCAACAAGCAGUUGACGGAUUGUGUUAAGAAUUUAGAGGAAGCUUUGGAGAAGGAAAAAUUUGCCCAUGACUCCACAAAAUCAAACAUAACAGAACUCAACAAACGAAUACAGAGUGUCAAUGAUGAGACAUUGCUACUAACUCAAGAACGAGAUCUGCUCAAAAGCAAAGUGAAUGAAGAGAGAUCACGCUGUGCAGUGAUCGAGCAACAGCUCUGUGAGAAACAGAACCAGUGCAGUGAAGUUUUGAAGAAGUGUGAUUUUUUAGACAACGAGGUGAAAACGUUACGCCAGCAUUUAGAACUGCAAAAGAACGAGCUGAAAUGUCAUUACCAGAAGCAGCUUGAAGAUGCCGUGCUGGCCAAGCUGCAGGAGUUUCAAGAGCAGCUCGAUCGAGCAGAGAGGGAGAUGGAGAACGAUGCGAGGUUAAAGGAGAACAACAUUGUGGAUAGUUUUAACAAGCAAAUAUUAAGGAUAGAAGAGCAGCAUAAAUUGGAGAUCAACGUCUUAGAAGAGAAGCAGAGAGAGGAGAUCAAACUGUACCGUCUGCAACUGGCGCAGGCCGCGGAGAAACUAGGAUUGUUAGAGAGUAAGGUGGAGUGUCAGAGGCGGCGGCGCGGCGAGACGGCGGCCCGUCUGCACGCCGCCCUGCAGGCGCACUGGAGGCACGCGCUCCGCAUACUGGCCGCCCCGCACCACGACCUCGCAUCAACACCGCUACCACAGGACGUUGUCCCUCCGCUGUCGAUGUCCUCCGUGACGGACCGCGGCCUCGCGCGACAGAAGGACCCACCCACAAGGAAACACUCAGACGAGUUCAACUUUGAAGGACUCAGUGAAGAGGAACUUCAACAUUACAUCAAAAUGUUAUUGGUGAAACCUCCGAGUGCAGAGGAGGCGCCGCCCCCCGCGCUUCCCGCGGACGAGGAGCAGCCCACCAGCGACCGCCCGGAGCGCCUCGACAGGAGGGACAGGAGCGCUAAGCGAUGCCUCGGCAACAAGCCCCCCUGGAAGGCGUGACUGCCACUACACUCUCAUUGAUUGUACAGUGACGUCAGUGUUCGAAUGCCAUAUGUUAAACGGUUGUCAACACCAUUAAUAUUCAUCGCACAAACUUUUUGAUAAAUCGACUAGUUAAUAAAUAGUUACUAAAGUCAAUUAACUAGUAAGGAAUUUAUUUAAAUAAAACUAAAUGUCAGAUUGAAGUUAACUCGCAACAUGGCGGGGAGCGAUCAUACAUGGACACACUUUGUUUACGAUUUGUUAUAUACGGAUCACCCGCCGACACGAACAGAAAUAGUUUUUGAUAUUCAUGUACUUUUGUGUGUUAAUGUAAAUAAAUGUAAAAAUUAAGAUAUAAAUAUAUAUAUUUAUGUUUUUGUAUUAGCUGUAUUGUUAUGCGAUUACAUUCCCGAGGCAGCGUUGUUUGUAAGUUGUUAUUCGAUAAAAUAUAUAUUUUUUAAAUAUGA